AUGGCGCGCACGAAGCAGACGGCGCGUAAGUCGACGGGCGGGAAGGCGCCCCGCAAGCAGCUGGCCACCAAGGCGGCCCGCAAGAGCGCGCCGGCCACGGGCGGCGUGAAGAAGCCGCACCGCUACCGGCCCGGCACGGUGGCGCUGCGCGAGAUCCGGCGCUACCAGAAGUCGACGGAGCUGCUGAUCCGCAAGCUGCCCUUCCAGCGGCUGGUGCGCGAGAUCGCGCAGGACUUCAAGACCGACCUGCGCUUCCAGAGCUCGGCCGUGAUGGCGCUGCAGGAGGCGAGCGAGGCCUACCUGGUGGGGCUCUUCGAGGACACCAACCUCUGCAAAAGGAGUGCAAUGUCUGGUAGAGGCAAAGGCGGGAAGGGGCUCGGCAAGGGGGGCGCCAAGCGCCACCGCAAGGUGCUGCGCGACAACAUCCAGGGCAUCACCAAGCCGGCCAUCCGCCGCCUGGCUCGGCGCGGCGGCGUGAAGCGCAUCUCGGGGCUCAUCUACGAGGAGACCCGCGGCGUGCUGAAGGUUUUCUUGGAGAAUGUGAUCCGCGACGCUGUCACUUACACGGAGCACGCCAAAAGAAAGACGGUCACGGCCAUGGAUGUAGUCUACGCCCUCAAGCGCCAGGGACGCACCCUCUACGGCUUCGGCGGCUAAAGCUUUUUGCUCCCAGACGAUCUCGAGAACCCAAAGGCUCUUUUAAGAGCCACCCACUUUUUCGUUUGAGAGAGCUGUGUCAUUGUGUUUGACUUUGCAGUUUUUGCUAUGUUUCUGUUGUCUUUCACGCUUCUAUUUUCCUUUCCCUAUUCCUCCCCCCCCCCCCCCGUUUUUCUUGCUGAGCUGCAGCUAGACUGUCUAGCAGUUCGGCUCUGGGUUCCUUUCUAGCGCGCUGUUGCUGUAUCAGGUCUUC